AUGAAGAGAGGCAGGAUCGCCAAGAGUGAGAAGUUUCCCAAUCCCCUGCGAGUGACUCCCAGCCACUUCCAUGCCACCCCCGGCAGCGAUGAUCUCUCCUCGACCCUGAACGGAGAGGCUUCCCCGCCCUGCACCUCGCAGGAUGGUGGGCACGGCGAACCUGAGAGGUUCCCCCUCGGGGUUGCCGUGGCGGUCAUUAGCCUGCACGUGCCAUCAGGCACGAUGAUCAAGAAGACGUCCACAGUGGAGAAGGCGGAGGCGAUGGCCCCGCUGCCGGUGUUUUUGAAGGCUAUCGUGCAGGAGGCGACAUGUAAGCUUUGGAAUGCUCGUUCCAUGGCAUCAAUGAAGGUAUUUUCUGUGACCAGUGAUGUUGGUACUGAGGGUGAGGUGGCGCGUGUGCGGACGACCGAGCUGUCCGCAGCACGCAACAUGAGCAGGGAGGAGCGGUGGAGCUUGGCCGGCAAGACGGCGCUCGUCACCGGAGGAACCAAAGGCAUCGGGCGCGCGAUCGUGGAGGAGCUCGCCGGGUUCGGCGUCCGUGUGCACACCUGCGCUCGGAGCGACGCCGACGUGCGGGAGCGGCUGCGCGGGUGGGACGCCGACACCAACGCUGGGCGGCUGCGCGCGCGCGUCACGGCCUCCGCCUGCGACGUCUCCGUGCGCGGCGACAGGGAGGCGCUCAUGGCCACGGCCCAGGCCGAGCUGGGGGGAAAACUGGACAUCCUCGUCAACAACGCCGGCCAGACGAUGUUCCGCCCCGCCACGGAGAGCACGGCGGAGGACUACGCCCGCCUCAUGGCCACCAACCUGGAGUCGUGCUUCCACCUCUCCCAGCUCGCACACCCGCUCCUCGUCCUCGCCGGCGGCGGAGUGGUAGUCAACGUCUCCUCCCUCGCUGGGUUUAUUGUCUACCCUCAGCUUUCGGUGUACUCGGCGACCAAGGGCGCCAUGAAUCAGCUCAGCCGGAGCCUCGCCGUGGAAUGGGCGCGUGAUGGCAUCCGCGUCAACUGCGUCGCGCCGGGAGGCAUCCGGACGGACAUCAUGAGCAGCAGCGGCAUCACGCUUGACCCGGAGGUGGCGCGGGGGAUGGUGGAGGCGGAGAUCGCGCGCGUCCCCUUGGACCGCAUUGGCGAGCCCGAGGAGGUGGCGUCGCUCGUCUCGUUCCUAUGCAUGCCGGCCGCAUCUUACAUCACCGGGCAGGUCAUCUGCGUCGACGGUGGCCGCACCAUAGCCGCCUAG